AAUAAGGCAAAGAAGAGAAGAGAAAGAAAUGGCAAAUAUAAGCAGUAGAAAAAGUAACUGCUACAUAAAAAUGUUAGCCAGUGAAAUAGGAAAAAGAGUAAUGAAAGCAUCAAGAAACAGAGAACAAAGAUGGUAUAAUCCUCACAUGGCAGCUGCCUCUAGUGCUAUUGCAGAACGAAUCUCAUUAGUUGAUUUCGUAAUUGAAGUUAGAGAUGCUAGAAUUCCUUUGUCUUCAGAGUGUCAGCUUUUGACUAAUCACUCGGAUUCCUCUCGCCGAAUUAUAGUUAUGAACAAAAUGGACCUUGCUAAUCGCUUGCAACUCAAGGAUUGGAUCAAGUAUUUUAAGCAAAGAGGUUUUGUUUCUUAUGCAAUCAAUUCUCACAAUAAAGACAAUGUAAAAGAGUUCCUCAACUUUUUACAAGGCCAAGUCAGAGGACUGAAGAACAUUGACCAUUCUGGUUGUACCAUAACAAUGAUGAUGGUUGGGAUUCCUAAUGUUGGCAAGUCAGCCCUUGCCAAAUCUUUGCAUCACAUUGGAAGGAUUAGUGCUGCAGAGAAAGGAAAGUUGAAGCACGCAAAAGUCACUCCACAUCCAGGAGAGACAAAAGACAUCAGCAGCUUGAAGAUUGGUAGCCAUCCCAAUAUCUAUGUGCUAGACACCCCAGGUGUUUUACCUCCUCAAAUCUUUGAUGCUGAGGUCUGCUUCAAGCUAGCUCUGACAGGAACAUUUAGAGAUGGCUUGAUUGGAGAAAGAGAACUUGCUCAAUAUUUUCUAGCUAUUCUCAACCUAAGCGAUGAAUAUAAGAAAUGGGCAAAGUUGUCUGCCCGUGAAAAAGAGAAGUCAUUCACAGACAACAAAGCAGAGUGUUUAAGGGACAAACAACUGGAUACAGAAGGGAAAAAGGAACACCUUACAGAUCAUACACAGGAUUUCAUAGUGCAUUGUGCCCGGCGAAAGCUUUUUGAGACUGUUUCAUCUUUUGAUGGUGAUGUGCAAAAUGAAGUGGAUUUGCAGAAGCUUAUUGAAUUGCAGGUUGCAGCCUUGACAGAAACAUUUCACUUGCCUCUGGAUUUAGAAGAUGAUGCUUGUAGUAAGGUUGCUACUAAGUUACUCAAUUUGUAUCGUACUGGGAGACUUGGACAUUACACUUUAGACCCUUUGGUAUUGUAACAUUAACAAUAUAGGAAUUACCUAUAAGAAGAGCAAGUUAUUAAAAGAAGGCUUAAUUGCAAAAAAGUUCUCGA